AUGGAUGAGCAAGACUCAGCUGGGCCUGAAGCAGCAAGACUUCAUUCCAUCGAAACUCUUAGCCAUGGAGGAAUCUGGGGAAAGUCUGCCCAGAGGAUCCUGGGUGAGGAGGACACCCUCCGCUCAGAUGUGCAGAGCCAGCAGCUCAGGCUGCUUUGCUACCAGGAGGCCAAAGGACCCCGAGAGGUUUGCAACAGACUCUACCGCCUUUGCCGUCAGUGGCUGAAACCAGAAACCCACACGAAAGCUGAGAUGCUGGACCUGGUGAUCUUGGAGCAGUUCCUGGCUGUCCUUCCACCAGAGAUGGAGAGCUGGGUGAAGGAAUGUGGAGCGGAGACCAGUUCCCAGGCGGUGGCCCUGGCCGAAGGUUUCCUCCUGAGUCAGGCAGAGGAGAGAAAGCAGGCAGAGCAACAGGUGAGAGAGACUUUCCUCUGGAUACUCCCAAGGGGCUCUGAACUUGAGGGAGAGUAUCCCCCAAUUCUCUACUAAUUUUGUCAUCCUUUUUUUGGAAAGGAUCCGAGGAAUGAUAUCUGAUAGCCCUAAAGUGCGUGUGUCCUUUGCCAUUCCAGUUCUAAUCUAAUAGUUUUGAUUGCUUGGUGCUCUUGCAGGGGAAGGAUCAGUUUCCAGAAAUGGGUCCGGAUUCUUCUGAGGUAGAGAGAACUCCGUUGGACUCCAGAGUAAGGCCACUGGGUAAGGAGGAAGGAGUUUUUUCUCCCCCGUUUUGUCACAUUAUGGUUUUUUUUGAAACUAAUUUGUGAUUUUUCUACAUCUUUUUUUGGAGAAGCCAAGAGCUCAGAGAAAGGGUGAUAUAUUUUUGCACAACUAAUAUGUGAAAUGGUUACAAACGUCCACAUUUACAUGGCUACCCUUACUUUUUUGAAAAGCCACCUAUAGUUUCCCUUCUGAGUGAAGCAUGCACUUACCUUUUUUCUCUCGUAGACCGAACGAUGCCAGCAAGACCUGUUUGUCCAUCUUUUCUUGGUGGCGAAGGGGAAACUGCCCCUGUGGAACCAGAGCAGGUAGGAGGAAGGAGCCAUGUGGGGAAAGAGGAUGUCAUGGACGGGUUGGACACAGAGGAAAGGUGGGAAGAACCGCCAAGGAAAGAAGGGCUGAAUGCUGAAAUAGGCUUCUAAGCAGUUUACACACCACACCAAACAGUGGACAGGAUUCACACCAUCAGUUGCACAAUGGGGCUUUCCCCCUCUCAUCCCCCUUUCAUUGCCCCCCUGUGCACCUUGAAGUUGUCUAAGAGGACAACCUUUUUCCUUUUCUUUUAGGGUCCAGUGUGCUUUGAAGAUGUAGCUGUGCAUUUCACAGACGAGGAGUGGGCGUUGCUGGAUCCUGACCAGAGAGCUCUGCACAAGGAAGUCACGGAGGAGAAUCGUGGGAUGUUGGACUCUCUUGGUAAGGCUUCCUCUUGGAUCAUCCUAUCUCCUUUGAAAUUGAAGACAUAUCUCUAUGGGAGGAACCUCUGAUUUUUCGAUGGGGCUCAACAGCAGCACCCACAGCCCCUGGGAUUCUAACACUCCCACAGAAAACCUUGGAUGGAAGACUAAUGGCUGCUUACCCUGUGAAUAUUCUUCCUCCAGUUCUGCCUUUUCAAAGCAUGAAACCCAGCCAGAUGGGCAGGUUAUAAAUAAUAAAAUUAUUACACUUAUUAUCAUUAUCAUCAUUAUCAUCAUCAUCAUGCCUACCCCCCUCCAAGAUGGCUCCCCUUUUGCUCUUGAAGGGCUGGCCUGUCUGCAGCCCCACAGCCUCCCAUCAGGGCCCCUUCACCAGGGACAGCAGCCGAGGAAGGGCCUCAGCAAAGCAGCCAUGACUCCAACAGGGCUGGGAACCAUCUGGCCAGAUGCAGAGGAGCAGGAGGAGAAGGAAGGCUGACCCCUCUCCUUCCCCUCAUAGGGCCAGGGCUGCCAGAGGCGCAGGGUGCUGAGCAGGGGGAAAGGAGCUCAGCUGAAGAGCCUCUGGGGGAGAUAAGAUACCCCUGUGUAUUUUUCCCAGGCUCCUCUAAAAUGCACAAGGCCUUCUUAAACGUAGGCUUCUAAGGGAUUCAGGAAGUUCAAGUAGCUUCUGUCAGAUUUUUUGUUUCUGUUCUUGCUUCUUUCUGUCCUUAGUUGACUAAAGAGAUGAGUGACAUUAGAGAUGGCACAGAUCCCAUGAUUGGGCCAAACAAAAUCCAUCCCAGAAAAUAACCAGGCUUUUUGAAUCUCAGGCAGUGAACCCUGUAGGAAGACCUCACAUCUAAGUCCCUUCAGUACUUCCGGGGUCACAAGCAUUACCGUAUUUUUCGCCCUAUAGGACGCACCGACCCAUAAGGCGCACCUAGUUUUUUUGGGAGGAAAUAAAGGAAAAAAAAUUUAUUCCCCCCCCCACCAGGCACGGGGCUGGGGCGGGGGAAGCCCGAGCUUCCCCCGACCCCAGCCCCCAGAACAGGCAACUCUCCGCAAGCCGUGGGAGCCCGGUGCCACUCAACGCGCCCAGCCUUCUGCAUGCAGGUAACUCUCCGCAAGUCGUGGGAGCCUGGCGCAGGCUCCCACGAAUUGCGGAGAUCUGCGCGAAGCCUGGAGAGCGAGAGGGGUCGGUGCGCACAGACCCCUCUCGCUCUCCAGGCUUCAGCGAAAGCCUGCAUUCGCCCCAUAGGACGCACACACAUUUCCCCUUCAUUUUUGGAGGGGAAAAAGUGUGUCCUAUGGGGUGAAAAAUACGGCAAUUAGCACUGCUCCAUAAUUGGGGGCUCCAUUGCUUCCUGAGGCUGCAAUCCGUUUCUCUCUCAGUUGCAGGUGGUGAUGAAUUGGAGCUGAAGAACGAGGGAGACCACAACAAAAGCCACACAGUGGAGAAGUCAUAUCCAUAUUCAGAGUGCAGAGAGCGCUUCAGUCAGAGCUCCCAUUCCACUUCAAAUCAAAGAAAUCCCCUUGAGAAGAAACCCUAUCAGUGCUUGGAAUGUGGAAAGAGCUUCAGUCACAGAAACAAGUUCACUGUCCAUCAGAGAAUUCAUACAGGGGAGAAACCCUAUCAGUGCCAAGAGUGUGGAAAGAGCUUCAGUCAAAAGGGCAGUUUAACUACCCAUCAGAGAAUUCAUACAGGAGAGAAACCUUAUCACUGUUUGGAAUGUGGAAAAAGCUUCAGCCAACAAGGCCAGCUUACUGUACAUCAAAGAAUUCAUACAGGGGAGAAACCUUAUCAGUGCUUGGAAUGUGGAAAGAGCUUCACUUGGAAAAUGAGUCUCGUUUCCCAUCAAAUCAUUCAUACUGGAGAUAAACCCUAUCACUGCUUGGAAUGUGGAAAGAGAUUCAGAAUAAAAAGCCAUCUCACUGUCCAUCAGAGAAGUCAUACAGGGGAGAAACCUUAUCAGUGCUUGGAAUGUGGAAAGAGAUUCAGAAUAAAAAGCCAGAUCACUGUCCAUCAGAGAAUUCAUACAGGGGAGAAACCUUAUCAGUGCUUGCAAUGUGGCAAGAGCUUCAGUCAGAGCAGCCAGCUCACUUCCCAUCACAUAAUUCAUUCCGGGGGGAAACCAUAUCAGUGCUUGCAAUGUGGCAAGAAUUUCACUUGGAAAAUAAGUUUCACUGCCCAUCAAAGAAUUCAUACUGGAAAUAAACCCUAUGACUGUUUGGAAUGUGGAAAAAGCUUCAGUCACCAAGGCCAUCUUACUGUACAUCAAAGAAUUCAUACGGGGGAGAAACCUUAUCACUGCUUGGAAUGUGGAAAAAGCUUCAGUCAACAAGGCCAACUUACUUUACAUCAUAGAAUCCAUACAGGAGAGAAACCCUAUCAGUGCUUGGAAUGUGGAAAGAGCUUCAGUCAGAGCAGCCAACUCACUUCCCAUCACAGAAUUCAUUCCGGGGCGAAACCAUAUCAGUGCUUAGACUGUGGAAAGAGCUUCACUUGGAAAAUAAAUUUCAUUUCCCAUCAAAGAAUUCAUACUGGAGAUAAACCCUAUCAUUGCUUGGAAUGUGGAAAAAGCUUCAGUCACCAAGGCCAGCUUAUUGUACAUCAAAGAAUUCAUACAGGGGAGAAACCCUAUCAGUGCUUGGAAUGUGGAAAGAGAUUCAGAAUAAAAAGCCAACUCACUGUCCAUCAGAGAAGUCAUACAGGGGAGAAACCCUAUCAUUGCAAAGAGUGUGGCAAGAGAUUCAGUAGCAGAAGCUACUUUACUGUCCAUCAGAGAAUUCAUACAGGGUGGAAACCCUAUCAGUGCUUGGAAUGUGGAAAGAAAUUCAGAAUAAAAAGCCAUCUCACUGUCCAUCAGAGAAGUCAUACAGGGGAGAAACCCUAUCAGUGCUUGGAAUGUGGCAAGAGCUUCAUUCGAAGUGGCCACCUCAUGGACCAUCAAACAAUUCAUACAGGAGAGACACCCCAUCAGUGCAAAGAGUGUGGCAAGAGAUUCAGUAGCAGAAGCCAGUUUACUGUCCAUCAGAGAAGUCAUACAGGGGAGAAACCUCAUCAGUGCUUGGAAUGUGGCAAGAGCUUUGUUCGAAGAGGCCACCUCAUGGCCCAUCAAACAAUUCAUACAGGAGAGACACCCCAUCAGUGCUUGGAAUGUGGCAAGGCCUUCAGAAGAAAGGGCAGCUUAACUUCCCAUCAGAGAAUUCAUAAAGGGGAAAAACCUUAUCAUUGCUUGGAAUGUGGAAAGAGCUUCAGGGAGAGAAACAAGCUCACUGUCCAUCAGAGAAUUCAUACAGGGGAGAAACCCUAUCAGUGCCAAGAGUGUGGAAAGAGCUUCAGUCAAAAGGGCAGUUUAACAUCCCAUCAGAGAAUUCAUACAGGGGAGAAACCUUAUCACUGCUUGGAAUGUGGAAAAAAAUUCAUUGUGAAGGCCAAACUCACGAUCCAUCAAAGAAUUCACAGCGAGGUGAAACUAUUUCAGUGCCAAUAA